UAUGCUUUGAUUGUACCUAUGCAACUUGAAGAAAAGACAAGACAUUUUCUUGGAGCAAUCCUAAUUUUAGGAGUGGCAUGUGGUUAUGCACUGUCAGUUGAGCUCCGAUGUGUCGUCUGCCUGCUGAUUCCUAUAUUUUUUGGAAAGGAGGGAAGAUCCUAUAUUACAGCCAUAGCCAUUACUUUUCUUAUUUCUGGACCAGUACAAAAUAUCAUGGACAAUGGCAAAGAAAUAACACGAACAUUGGCCUGCGCGGCUGAGUUGUCUGCAAACCACACUAGAGCAAAGUGGGAACUAAAGAUGAAACCAUUAGAAGAUGCAAUGAAACAAUGGCAGGCAGAAGGUAUGUACAUGAACAAAGUAGUAAAUAGAGUGGACACUGCAUUUAAACCAAUGAAGAAGGAGGUAAGAGAUCAAGAGGAUGCAUCGAUAAUGGAAGCCAAAACGGCUAAGGUGGACAAACUAACUGGUAAUAAACGUGGAAAUAGACUAGCAAAAAUUCAUCAGAAAAAUAAAUCAUCCAAUAGAGAUUCUCGAGAGAAACAAUCGGAAAAAAAAUUUAGGACCAAGAUGGAUUUGCAAUGUGAAAAUGUGUGGAAUGAAGGUGUCCUAAGAUGUAGAGAUAAAUUCAAAGAUCUAGAAAAACGAUGUCUCAAAACCAUACCAUUCAUAGGAUACCUAUUAUGUUUGCCAAUGAAAAUGACAUUCUUUUGUGAGAUUAUAAGAUUGAUUCCAGGUGCUGCCGGCAUGGACUGUGAUUCUAUGGAUGUAGUAGAACCCGGAUUUGGAGAGACGUAUGUAGCUUCUGAAGAUAUGGUGAACGUGAUGGAUGAAAACUUUGAAGUCAAUUUACAGUAUAAGCUUGUUCAAUCAAAAGAAGGCCUUGACUACACAUCUGUUGAGGAGAUACGUAAAGGAACGAUGCAUGAAUUUAAGCAACGAGAGCAGUUAAUUGACAUGUUUAAGAAGCUGUUAAAAUGUCUCCUUGGAUUUACUUUUCUACGAGUUAUUUACAGCUCUUACAAAUAUAACAAAAAAUAUUUGUCGGACUUCAACUUUGACAAUGUUUACAUCUCAGACUACUUUAAACAUAUUGACAACAGAAGGAAAGCACAGGAAAAACGUGGAUUAUUACCACUAAAAAAGUCAGAAAUGAAGCGUUUGGUUUUCCCCUGGAGCUCAAAGCUCAUGUCAGCGGAAAAGAAGAAAUUGUCUAAAGGAACCUUCAUGAUAUUGAUGCGAUGUUUUAUUACUGGUAUUGUCAUAUACUCUGACUACCUCCUGUUUACUGUGAUGGAUAUCAUACGACGUCAUAGCAGAGUUGAUUAUGCGCAGUUUGGAAAACAUCAUAUUGUGGUACGAGUUUUCGGCAAGGGCUUCAUGUCCAAUAUUGUGAGGAUGUUCAUUAAAAGUUUUGAUGCAAAGCACGAAAUUGAUGAAGUCAGUACUAACUAUGAAUGCCUUCCAAGACCAGUAAGCAUGGAUAAUAAAUAUAUAUUUUACAUCUAUGGAAGUUUUGCGGCAGUUUGGUUAUUGAUGAUAGUAGAAUCCUAUGGACUCAGGAUUAGACGUCUUGUUGCCGCAUUCUUCUUUAGAAAGAGAGAGAAGGCUAGGAUUUUGUAUCUGUUUAAUGAUUUGUACAAAAAGAGAGAUGGCUAUGCACGACAUAUGAGACAUGAAGUGAGGAGAAUGGCCAGAAAGAAAACUUUAUCGAACAAAACGAGUUUAUUAGGAAGUUUUCGUAAGGAAUUCCCAUCACUUUGCGGUUGGUUGAAAAGGUUUCAGUCAGGCAAGGAAACCUGUUUAAUCUGUGGCGAACCCGAGUCUAAAAGUUUUAUGAGGUGUAGAACAAAGGGAUGUCCAUUCGGGUAUUGUGUUGAAUGUUGGAAAGAUGUAAAGUUUCGAUGCUAUGCAUGUAUGUAUGAAGAUUUCGACGACAGUGAUCUGACUGAAGAUGAAUCUGAGAGUUCUGGGGAAGAGGAAGUUUGAGACACAGAUGAAAAUGUCCGAUGAAGAAAGAUUUAGAGAUGAAGAAGAGAAGCCAGUUAAUAUAAAGACUACACUCAAUAUGACAUUACUGAGUUUUGGAAGUGCUCUGUUUGUCAACUAUAUUGCUGAGAUUGUACAAUUAUCAGACCACUUAAAUGUACCAAACAAACACAUUGCCGUCAUUGGAGCAAUAGUACUGUCAUCAGCAGCAAUAACAAUGAUAUUGUUGUAUUCACUGGCGUAUAUGUUUACAAAAAGAGGACACGAACAGAAAACUAUGGUUUUGUUUGUUGUAGCUUUUUCAUGCUUGAGUAUUGCAAUUAGUGCUCUAGGUAUUGUCAUUGCUUCUACAGACUAAUAUCUUUGUUGUAGCUUUUCCGUGCUUGAGUAUAGAAAUUUGUGCUCUGGGUAUUGUAAUUGCUGCUACAGACAUAUCUUUGUGAUAUUAUUUUAGUGCUUGAGUAUAGCAGUAAGUUAUGGGUAUUGUUAUUGUUGUAUUAAAUGUAUUUACUCUGGUUGUAAUGUGUAUGUUGAUUAACAAUUAUAUGGUUAUAUUUUGUAGUAUUAUAGCAGUAAAACAGAAGUGCUUUUCUUUUUCUUUUUUUCUUCUAUAGUUUAUAGCAAGAAGACAAUCGCCCCCUCCCCUUUUUGCAGAAAAAAAACUAUUUAUCGAAAAUUUAAAAAAAUGAAAAUGAAAGAAGACACUGGCAAACUAACUUCUAGACUCUUAGACUAUAGAAAAAUUUCCUGUAUGUCAUUGUUAUUUUUUUCCCCACUGUAUCAUUGGAAUAAUUUGAGAUUUGGGGUACAAAUCGAAGUGACAGCAACCAAUUGAGACCAAAAAACAAAGUAUCUUUGAAGUCAACAUGCAGUCCUCAACCAUUACCAGGUGUCUGUACAACAGGUUCUAACUGACCUCGAGUCUUGAAUAGUUGUGAAGGAAUUUUACAGAGAGUAUCAAAGGUCUGCUAUCAACACAACAUUUUCAAAAUAACAAAAAAAAAUAAGAUAUGUUUAAAAACAACCCCGGCUCGUGAAUUGGGACGGCCACAUAGAAAGUGUUUGGGGGGGGGGAUUAUUCUCUGUGAUUGGAACAUCAGGUUUCCUUUAAAUUCCUUUUUUCUUUCUUUUUUUGUGCUUUUUUUGUUUGUUUUGUUUGUGGUGUGAGGGAAAGGGGAUUUUACUGAUGCUUUUUUUUUUAUAAUAAAUCAAUAAAAACAAUUAUUCCCUUAACAAAUUGUUUUUUUAAUUCCUUUUACUGUAAUUAUUUUACAGCAAUCUUUCAGUCCAUAAUCAUUUUAUUUCUGGUGUCU